GAAAAGCUACAAGUUAUAUACCAGGUGAUGAAGAUGGCCUUCGAUGAAGCAUUAUCUAACUAAUAAGUCACAAUUUCAUCUUUUACUACUCCCGCCUGUACAUGUUCUACCAUUUACUUACUCACGGUCAUUUUGAUAUCCACCAUCUCUCCUAAGGUGAUGCGAAUUGCACAUUCGUUGAGCAUUAUCUAUGCUUAUUUGACUUGACCGACAUCAUCCAAUUUCAUACCUUUUUUCGUAUAUACAUUACCACUUCAUUUUCUCUCUACUUUCUCUCUAACUUUCUCAUCUCUUCACAAUUUCCACAAUUUGUCUCCAAUCCAUCACCAAUAUCUUAGCGUCACAAUGGAAGCACCGGGAUUGGAUUGUGAACUCGGUGGUCAAGACUAUCGUGAGAACAUUGAUCAAUCCCUCAUGGGAACUCAUGAAGGGAAUAGCCAUGUCCUCGAUAGCAAUAUUAUCGCAUCGCUCAGUUAUGAGCAUGCACAGACUGGUCAAAAGCUCACAAUUCCUAUUCUUGCCAAAGGCUAUCUUCAUGUGGGAAGAGAGACGAAAUGUGAUUUCUCCAUUGAUAGUGUGCUUGUCUCCAAACAACACUUUCGCAUCUACACCAUUAUAUAUGAUACGGAAAAGCUGGAUGAGUACCCACCUUCAAUUUAUUGCGAAGAUCUUGAGUCCAGGAAUGGUACCUAUGUGAACAAUACAUUGAUUGGUAUAGCUGGUAAUGAAAGAAUUGGACAUCUUCUUGUUGAAGGUGAUUCGAUUGAGAUCCGACCCGAUUGGAAGUUUCAAUUUCACCAACCAAAAUCAAGAAUGACAUCGCAUAUGCCUUUGCCUGAUAUCGAAAUCAAGUAUUUCAAAGAUCGAUACACCAUUUCCAACCAUGUUCUUGGCAGUGGUAUUGCUGGAGAGGUCUUUCUUGCCAAAAAUGCUAGCAGCUCGAAGCAGGUAGCAUGUAAAGUAAUCAAAGUAAGCCCCUCAAGACGUGCGCACUCCAGCUCCGAUGGUUCUACGGGAUCAAGUCAGCAAUAUGAUACCGAUUUGGCGAGGAAAUCACACCUACGAGAAGUUAACAUACUGUCUAAACUGAAUCAUCCAAAUAUCAUCCGCAUUGAGAGGGCCUUCCUUUCGAACGAGAGGUUGUAUAUGUUUACAGAGCUUGCUGCAGCAGGAGACUUAUACACAUACUUCGAUUCUUGCGAUAAUAAGCUUGAAGACGCCCACGCUCGCCUUAUUACGCGACAAAUCGCUCUGGCUCUGGAAUAUCUCCACUCGAAAGGAAUUGCACAUAGAGAUGUUAAAAUGGAAAACAUUCUCAUUACAAAUACCGAUGUCGGCUCUCGAGUAAUUCUCACAGACUUUGGCCUUGCUAAUUAUACGGAAAAAACAACCGGCAGACUCUUUUCUUCAGUGGGGACAGAGGGUUACGUUGCACCCGAAAUCAUUGGUCCUGAUAUAACUCGUGGCUAUACGACAGCUGCAGACAUGUGGUCAUUUGGAAUAUUGACAUGGAGUUUGCUCACUGGUGAAAGUUCGAUUCCUCGAGGCCGAUUGUCCCAGCUGGAAGAAAUUCAAGCUGCUAAGAACUUUCUUUCAUCCGAUGAAAAAGAGGUAGCAAGCAAGUGGUCUUAUCUUCAUCGAAGAGUUCGAUCAUUCCUGCGCGGUCUUUUGGCUAGUGAUGCAAGUCAACGUAUGAGUGCUGUUCAAGCAGUAAAUCAUCCAUGGUACAAAAAACCUCCGGUUUCCGACGCGAUAGAGCAGGCAUAUGAGCGAGUCACAAAGUUCUGGAAACCACGAGAUGAUGACGACAUUCUUGAAUAUCUGCCUGGAUAUACCGUGCCUACAACAGAGGUUACAAGCUCAGGUCGUCGAAAGCGCUUGCCUGAUACUUCCAUGUCGCCCUACUUCAAUCUUGACCGACAUCUACAAUCAAGAUCUCCACAGGUGGCGAAACGCAGACGUAUACUUGAUGAUCUUAAAGAAACUGGAGUAGCAUUCGUGAAUUCAGAGCCACAACAGAACGAUUCUAGAGGUAUUCCCAGGAGCAAGAACAACGUUCAAGUGAAAUCGGUUACUGGAAUUGAUUUGUUUGGAAGCUCCACAGUUUCAAUGAACAGACAAACAGGAAGCAGUAGUAGGCCCGGUUAUGAGACGUCAUCUUCUAAAGAUAAUUCGAGUAGACUGAAAGUGAAGCAGAAAGUGAUAGAAGAUUCGCAAAGUCGUCUUGCAUUCUCUAGCACAGCUAGUGAUGCUCAUUCAAACACCUCGAAUUAUGUAAGAGUCAGAAAAGAAACAAAUCCGGCCAAUCAGGAAAUUCACGAUACUGCAUCACAGCGUGUAUCGAAGUUUUGUUCGGCCAAGGCUUUCAAGGAUGAGAUUAGCAUUGUCAGAAAAGAAAGAUCUAUGGAAGCUUGAUAAUCGUUUGCUUUUGGGUGGAUCUUAGGUAGCUCGAGGAGUUUCGAGGCGUUCAGUCUGAAGCAUGACAGACGCAGCUUAUAAAGGGAAAUAAUGGAUUUGCUACUGUGAGCACUUCGCGUGCUGUCCCCUACAAAUAAUACCCAGGUAGUUAGCUAGACUUUUUGCUCUUGGUCUAUUAUGUACUGUAUAUAUGAUGUUGGCGGCUUUGCGUUAAUGUCAGGAUGAUCAGCGAGUGUGCACUGGCACCAAAAAAUAGAGACACUAUAUUGCUAUUAUUGUUCCACCAAAGAUUCAACAAUGAAGAAUCUACAAUAAUCA